CCCUAGUUCCAGCGCCACUGUUUCAGUCUCACUCCAAACAACUCACAAUCUCUCCAGCCAUGGCGUCAGCUACUCAGCUCCUCUCCCAACCUCCAUCUCUCCGCGGAAACCUAAACCGAUACCAAUCCUCCCUCCCAAGAAUCUCGUUUCUGUCUCUUAACUCCACCUCGAAACCACUUAACCGCCUCUCCGUCAAAGCCGCCGCCGCCGCGUCCCAAAACUCGGUGAAAACACCGACGAAGGAUGCUGCGUUCAAGCACUGUUUCAAGAAAUCCUCAGAUGGAUUCCUCUACUGCGAGGGAACUAAGGUUGAAGAGAUCAUGGAGAGCGUCGAGAGAAGACCUUUCUACUUGUACAGCAAGCCGCAGAUCACGAGGAACGUCGAGGCGUACAAAGAGGCCUUGGAAGGUGUGAGGUCCGUCAUUGGCUAUGCUAUUAAAGCUAAUAACAACCUCAAGAUUUUGGAGCAUUUGAGGAGUAAAGGCUGUGGUGCUGUUCUCGUUAGUGGAAACGAGCUCAGGCUUGCUCUUAUUGCUGGCUUCGAUCCCACCAAGUGUAUUUUCAAUGGAAAUGGGAAGCUGUUGGAGGAUUUAGUUUUAGCUGCUCAAGAAGGAGUUUUUGUAAAUGUUGAUAGUGAGUUUGACUUGGAGAAUAUUGUGGAAGCUUCGAGAAUAUCUGGUAAGCAGGUCAAUGUUCUGCUGCGUAUCAAUCCUGAUGUGGAUCCUCAGGUGCAUCCAUAUGUAGCAACCGGGAACAAGAACUCAAAGUUUGGUAUCAGGAACGAGAAGCUUCAGUGGUUUCUCGAUGAGGUGAAGGCGCAUCCCAAUGAGCUCAAGCUAGUUGGAGCUCAUUGCCAUCUUGGCUCUACCAUUACAAAGGUGGAUAUAUUCAGAGAUGCUGCGGUUCUCAUGGUGGAGUACAUUGAUGAGAUCAGGCGUCAAGGCUUUGAAGUUAGUUACUUGAACAUCGGUGGUGGUUUAGGGAUUGAUUAUUACCAUGCAGGUGCUGUACUUCCCACACCUAUGGAUCUCAUCAACACUGUAAGAGAGCUUGUUCUGUCACGGGACCUGAAUCUAAUAAUCGAGCCAGGGAGGUCGUUGAUAGCAAACACGUGCUGUUUCGUUAACCAUGUGACAGGUGUGAAGACGAAUGGAACUAAAAACUUUAUAGUGAUCGAUGGGAGUAUGGCUGAGCUAAUCCGUCCCAGUCUUUAUGAUGCCUAUCAGCACAUUGAGUUGGUCUCUCCUCCAGCACCUGAAGCAGAGGUUUCGAAAUUCGACGUAGUGGGUCCUGUUUGUGAAUCUGCUGAUUUUUUGGGCAAAGACAGAGAGCUUCCCACUCCUCCAAAGGGAGCUGGUCUAGUGGUUCAUGAUGCUGGUGCGUACUGUAUGAGCAUGGCUUCCACUUACAAUCUCAAGAUGCGUCCUCCGGAAUACUGGGUUGAAGAUGAUGGUUCAAUCACUAAGAUCAGGCAUGCUGAGACAUUCGAAGACCAUUUGCGUUUCUUCAACGGUCUAUAGAUUUCCAUUCAUCAUUGUUUGUUGCUAUCUCCAUUCACUUCUGUAAUGCUAUUUCCAUUCAUCAUUGUUUGUUGCUAUCUCCAUUCACUUCUGUAAUGCUAUUUCCAUUCAUCAUUGUUUGUUGCUAUCUCCAUUCACUUCUGUAAUGCUAUUGCUGUGUUAGAUUUU